GGCGCCGAAAGGCGUUUCCAGGGUAACCGUCCUCGCUUCGGUGGAGAGUUUGGCUGUUUGUAGCUGUCGAAAUUAUAAUUUAUAAAACACGGUUGUACACUAUCACUUAGAAAAAUGCAUUGCGGUACGUGGCUUUAUUGGGGUCUGGAUGAGGAAUCAUGAAAUCAUGUGGUGGUGGCUGGUGACCCAGAGCAGGACUGGCAGCAGCAAGGGGACUGAUAAGCCCAGAGUGUGGCCCAGACUGGCGGUAACGAGGCAUCUGGUGAGCCCAGAGCAGGACUCUGGCAGUGAUGUUGGGGAGUCGGCUGGCGGAGGGGCUUCUUAUUGCCCAACUAAAUUUGUGAAAAAUCAAGAGAGCCUACCAUUGGAAGAUGAGAUUGAUGAUAAUUCAGUGUUUGCAAGUUUUCUUCAAAAAUUGGAAAAAGAAAAAUCAAUAUUGCCUAGAUUGAGAUCUGAUGAAUUGGCACCAAUGAAGUACUUCCAAAGGAUAAUAAAUGAUAUAGAACAGGAGAAACUGAUGGAAGAAGCAAUUAUAAAGGCAGAAAAAAGAAAACUAUUGAAGGCAAAACAACUAGAACAAGAGGAGAGAAUUGCUAAGGAACUAGAAAGAAUAAAGUAUGAAAAACUAAAGGACGAAAAAUUGAGACAGCAAGUCAGAGAAAACAGCAUUGAGCUUCGUGAUUUGGAAGCCAAGUUGAAGGCUGCUUAUGUGAACAAAGAAAGAGCUGUUCAGAUAGCUGAAAAAGAAGCAAAUCGUUUAGAAAAGAUUAAACGAGAGGCUGAGAUUGCAAAAUUGAUGAAGGAAGAGCAUGAAAAAGCCACUACAGAGGAGUUGAAGGAGGAACAGAAACGCCAUGAAAAAGCUGUAAAGUAUCAGAAGGAGCUCGAACUGCAACUUGAUCAAAAUGAACAAAAGAGACAGGAAGCAUAUGAUGAAUUCCUAAAAGAUAAACUAAGAGUUGAUGAAAUCGUAAGAAAGAUCUAUGAAGAAGAUCAGAGGGACAGACAGCUGAAGAUGGAAAAGAGGAGGGAAACUCAGAAGUACAUUGAGGAAUUCCAGAAGCAACGAGCUGAAUGGAAGCAAAUGGAACGUGAAAGAAUGGAAGCAGAGAACAGAAAAGUUAAGGAAUUCGCUAGUGCACAACAAAACAGGGAGGAUGACCGAAUGGCCAAAGUUCGAGAACGAGACGAACAGAAAAAUAUGUUGUACAAAAAGCUUGCUGCUGAAAUUGAGAAAGAACGGCAUGAACGUGAAGAACUCGAAAAUGUCCGGCAAGAACUGUACCUUGAAAAAGCAGAAGAGGCUCGCAGGCAGCAAGCAAUAGCAGAAAGGGAGAAGCAGAUUCAUCAGCGUCUUGAAUUGCAGCAGACCUACCAAGACCAAAUGGCUUUCAAACAGAAGCGUAUACAGGCAGAGAAAGAAGAAGAAGAUGAAUUACGAAAGAAGAUGAUGGCUAAACUUGCAGAGGAUGACCGUAUUGAACAGAUGAACGAACAGAAAAGACGUAUGAAACAGCUUGAGCAUAAGAAAGCUGUGGAGAAAAUGAUUGAAGAUCGACGCAAACAAUUUGAAGCAAACCAACAACAGGAACUUGAAAGACAGUAUAAAGAAGAGAAGAAGAAAGCAGCUCUCCAAGUCAUAAUUGAAGAAGAAAGGCAGAAACUUCUCAAAGACCAUGCCAGCAAGCUUUUUGGUUACCUUCCAAAGGGGGUAUUUAGAGAUGAACAAGAGCUCGAAUUAUUUGAUGAAACCUUCAGAGAGAAUUUCAAGAAAGGAAGUGCUAAUUUAUCAUCAGACGAAGGCUGGGAUUGUUAGACUUAUGGGUAUAUGUCAUGUCAACUUUUGUCCAGAACAUCACCGUGCUAGCCAGUACAGUUACUUUUGAAUCAUAAGUUUAUAUUGAUCUCUAUUUAUAAUAGUCAAAAAUGUAACUGGAAUGAUUGUUAAUGAAAUUAUAUAAAUAAAUAAUUUGGAACUGCUGUAAAAUUGUUCAUCUCAAUGGAGAAAAUCUAUUAUGAAGAUUAAUGGAACAUAGAUUAGUGAAUUUUGCUAAACUUGGUCAUCAGAUCAGCAAUUUCUGAAAUCUACAGAUUUUCAUAAAAUUUGGGUCUUUCAAUUUAACAGUCUUCUACAGUACUGCAUGUCCUGUAUUAAUACUUCUGUUUCAUUGAUGAAUUGGUAGCAUUUGCAAACUUACCACAGUGAAAUAAAUUUAAGAAAUAGACAAUGAAGGAAUAAUUAAUGGAGGAUCAUGGAAUAGUUAGGGGAGAUGAAACAUUACCUCCCAUGUGGGCCUCCUUCUCUCAAUGAUUUACAUCUUUUCAAUAUCUUAGAUGUUGUUUAAUCAGUGUCACAUGUCCAGCAAGCACAGAAAUGUUGAGAUUAAAGAAUGGCCUUAUGUUGUCUCGUUGACCCACAUCACAUACAGACCAAUAUAUGUUAAACUGUUAAAGUUAACUUUAAGCAGAAGGAAUGAGGAAUUUUUAACCCACAAAUUCCAAUGGAUCUACAAGACUUGUGUGGAUGGGAGAUGGAUCGUGAUUGUGGCACAUCCAUAUCAUUCCAGGGAUGAUAGAAGCUGAUUAAAGUAGAUGAUCAGUAUUAAGCAUCUUCCAUACAUCUUAUGAAAGCAUUACAAGUUUGAAAGAAGGGCAAUAAAGCAAGCAAUUACUGUCUGGUGCUGAUAAUACAGAACUAUCAUGUGCCUAGGGAGUGUUAUUUAGUUAGAGUUGUGUGUGCGUGUGCAUAAAUGUGCUAAAUAUGUACAAAACUCAAGCCGCUUCAAGAAUGCGUCUGGGCCCUGAAUACUAUGAUCAUGAUUUACUCAUGCUUGACCUAUUUAGGAACAGUGUUCCUUUGCAUUGUGAUGCCAGAUUGCAAUUUGAUUUUUUUUAUAUUAAAGUUCUCCAGUGUGUUUCUUUCUCUCUGCCCUUCAGUCAGCAGUUUGUACAUAAAGGUCUGCCUGAAAAUCUGACAGAAGCGUUAUUCAUAAAGUGUUUAUGGACUAGUUAUUCUGGGAAUUUAACUCCUCUGUAUAAAACAUGGUUGUGCUCUGGAGUAACAAGUCCAAAGCUGUUAUGUGCAAGUGAAAGGAAUUCUAACAUGAAUGAGUUUCUCUCUUAUUCUACCUAUGUAUUUGCCUUUAAAUCAUUCUCAAUAAUAGGAGGUAAUGAUGUUCAAAUUGGUUCUAGUUCUAGAAAACAGACUUCCUAAAUCUCAACUGUUCUUCAAAGUCACCUUCAGCAUGGACUGUGGAACAUAACAGUAUAUGUUUCUGAAAACAUCCAGUUCUCUUUCCAAUAUGCUGUAAUAGUCAAACUUGUUGAAGAAGUAAGCCAAGGAUGGGUUCACGAAGAGAUUUCUGGCUGACCUGGCCUUUUCAGGGUCUUCCUGCAAGGUAACGGUGAGAAAUAUUGUCUCACCAAGCAGAAUUCAAAGUUAAACUUGAGGUUUUGUUGUGAACUAAUAAUUGGCUGAGAACAUAUCAACUAAUAUUGAAAGACUGUUGUGGUGUAGUGGUAGUCUCCCUACCCGUGGACCAGGAGGCUUAGAUUCAAGUCCCACUUGGUCCAUAGGUGUGUAAUAUCAUCUCUGAACAGGGUGAUUAGAAAAAUAGGUGAAAUUUUAAAAGAACAACUAAAUUGACCAUGGGACAAUUCUUAUAUUCAAACAGAUUAGGGACAGUUUCACCUGAGACAGGUAUGACAAACUUUAAGUCAUUUCAAAUGGCCAGUUUAGUCUCUCUCUUAAGAAUAACAAUAUAAGGAUGUAUAUGAAGAACAUAUUAGAGGGACUGGAUACACAACCAAAUACCAGUUAUACUGAAUUCCUAGACAUAAUUGUUCAUUUGAUAAAAUGGAAUGAACAUCACUUAAUUAAUCACUGGGUCAACUUUCACAGAUCUGUCCUUUAAAUGUUUGUGUUUUUAUAGUGAAGGUGAUGAAGAUUAUACUGAUGUAUCUUGGUAUUUGAUAUUCUAUUCAAAUUUUCUAUAAUAUUUUGCCACUGACCCUAUUUGGCGGUUGCUGUAUACAGAUGCUUUGAAUUCAGGAAAACUGUUUCAAGAUCAGCUUUUAGAUUACAUGUGAAGAAAUGAAAGCCACUGUUUGUCUCUAGGGAAUGAACACUAAUUAAAACUAAAACAAAUCAUCAAAAGUAAUCUAUUUAUAUUUAUAUUUUAAAAAUUCUGCUACACAAUUCAAGAUGUAGGAUAUGCUUGAAACUAAUUAUGAAAAUAUAUGUAGGAUCUUUGUGGUCUGUGACUUAAAUGGAAAGGAGAAAACAAGAUUAUGAGAAUAAAAGCAAUAACUACCCUCCUGGUGCAAUGAAUUAACAAGAGGUCAUAAACAGUUAUAUCUUUAUUCUUUUGCUACCAGUUUACAAAAUGUUUUAGUAGGAUGGAUGUAAAUACUAAACUCAAUGAGAAAAAGAUCAAAUGUAAUAGCAACAACAAUUAUGUUUUGCAACAUUGAGAUGUGUUACAACUGUCAGUUUCCCCAUUCCAAUGCUUUAAUAAAUUCCUCUUCAGUGAAGGACAGCAUUUUAGCAGCUUCCAUAUGCAUCUAAAAAAAAAGCAAGGGCGAGUUUGUAAUUUUUGCAUAU